AGACCAACCUAAUGUUAAAACCUAAAAAAGAAUAUGGUGAGAUUUUGGGGGUCUUAUUCCCCAUUUUUGAGGUACACAAUUAAAAGUUCGAUAUUCGGUACGGAAUCACCUGGGAAUUUUAUUUUUGCUCCCCAAAAGAAAAAUAACGCUGAAUUUUUGGGCUUAAAGCUUCUAUCUUUCUCUCCAUCAUUAUAUAUAAUAUAUAUAUAUAUAUAUAUAUAUAUAUAUAUAUAUAUAUAUAGACACAUUUAUACUGGCUCAAAGAUUUCCCAAAAUAACGAAUUUCAUUUCUGUAGACGGGAUCUUCAAUUCUGAUUUCUUUUUCCCGGCACUUUUUUCUUUGUUUCUCUCUCUGCUUCUUCGAUAGCGACGCCGAAAUCAAAGAAACACACCGAAAAUUUUAGCUUAUGGGUCGGCCUCCCAGCAAUGGAGGCCCUGCCUUCCGCUUCACGGCUUCCGAGGUCGCGGAGAUGGAAACUAUAUUGCAAGGACACAAUAAUACCAUGCCAGCUCGGGAAGUUCUUGUUGCACUUGCUGAUAAGUUCAGUGAAUCAGUAGAACGGAAAGGGAAGAUUGCUGUGCAAAUGAAGCAAGUUUGGAAUUGGUUCCAGAAUAGACGAUAUGCUAUCAGAGCAAAGACAUCCAAGGCUCCUGGAAAGUUAGCUGUCUCUCCAGUUGUCCAAAUUGAGUCAACCCCUGUGAGAAAUGUGCCUCAAACCGUAGUUGUUCCUGCUCCCACACCAGUAGGCACCGCAAAGAGUGCUCCAGAAAAUCCAUUGUCGGAAUUUGAAGCUAAAUCUGGGAGGGAUGGUGCAUGGUAUGACGUUGCUACCUUUUUAUCGCAUAGAUCUGUGGAAAGUGGUGACCCGGAAGUACUAGUAAGAUUUUCUGGUUUUGGAUCCGAGGAGGAUGAGUGGGUUAAUAUACGAAGGAACAUUAGACCUCGUUCUCUACCUUGUGAAUCAUCAGAAUGUGUGGCGGUUCUUCCAGGCGAUCUCAUCUUAUGCUUUCAGGAGGGAAAAGAGCAGGCACUUUACUUUGAUGCCCACGUGCUUGAUACACAACGAAGAAGGCAUGAUGUACGAGGUUGUCGAUGCAGGUUUUUGGUUCGUUAUGAUCAUGAUCAAUCUGAGGAAAUUGUUCAGUUGAGAAAGAUUUGCCGUCGACCUGAGACUGAUUACCGGUUGCAACAGCUUCACGCCGUAAAUGAAGCAGCAUCCAUUGAGCCCUCAAAGUCUGGCAUGGAUUCUGUACUGCUCAGUGGUCAGAGGAUAAAUUUCGAAACACCACAAAAUCCACUUAGCAAGGAUGCAGCCUUGGUUAUACCAAAUGCAAAUCCCCAUAUAAAUGCCCAUGCCCAAACUAGUACUCAGGAAGCAAGGAAUACUGAAACUAACACUGCUCCGAUCACAUUCAGUUCCGGUAAUCACAAUGCUCCAACCACAUUCAACUCUGCUAAUCUCGCAGGUAGCUCUGCAUUCUCAAGUGGUAUCGUGACAAACACUGUUUCUGGUGGGUCAGCUGACAAUGUGUCUGAUGGGAAGUUACUUAGUUGAUUAUGGGGGAAAAGUAAAAUUCUCCAUUAGUCUAAUUUUAACAGAACCUAUCAAUUUAAAAUUUUGCCUGACUCGUUUAUUUAGGAUGAGUAAAUACCUAGCGAAGUCUGUUCUUUUUGUCCCAUGUUUCAAAGUUAUAGGUUCUCCAUCCACUUGCUGUGAAUGCUGAAUGUUCUUGACGGAUGAAAAAUGCAGGACUCAUGCCUCAAGUGUAGUAUCGAACAGGUCAGAGGCGUCAUCUCUCCCA